AUGGCGGAUGGAGCAUGGAUUAGUGCAGAAACUGAAGACGAAAUUUAUGAUCGAGCCUUGGUAUUGGUAAGGAAGGCGGACAUCAGAAAUGAGUUUGAGAGGCUUGAAAGGAAUCCACCAGAUGGAUGCUACAUCAAAGCAAAUCAUGACGAUGAUUUCCUUUUCUGGGAAGCUACUGUCUUUGGACCGAAAGGUAGCCCGUAUGAAGGUGGUGUCUUUGACAUAACGCUCAAAUGCAAAGAAGAGAAUCCCUUUGUGUGGCCCGACGUGACUUUCAUCACUAAGAUCUACCAUCCGAUCAUCAAGCGACAUAGCAAGAUAUGCGAGUGGUGUUUGUUGAGGAAUGUUGAUGCUGAUAAUUCGGGCCCUUGGCAUAAAGGUAUCAUUCGCUUAUUUGAAACGAUUCAAAAUUUAUUGAAUGAUCCGUACUCAUGUCCCUCACACUCAACUGGAGAAGUUGGAAACGGGCACCAGAUUGAUCCUGAUUUGUUUGCCCAAGCAGCAAAGGAGUGGACAAGAAGGUAUGCACAAGAAUACAAACAGCAACAAGCCAGUGGAUGA